UUUCAGGGUCCAUGUGAGAUGGCUUCGGAAAAUGCAGAUUGUUUAACAGAACCGUCGCCUGUUGGUCCACCACCAAUUUCUCCAAAGCCAUCAAAGGAUGCAAUAACCGCUGCUCUCAGCAGAUUGCCCUCCACCCCACAAGCUGAUGAAGUCCCUGAAGUAAAUCAUGUCAAUGAAGCUCCAGUUGCUCCUGUAGAAGAAGCACCGGCCGCAGAACCUGCGCCAGCCGAACUUGCGCCAGUCGAAGCCUCCUCUGUUGAAGAAGCUGCCCCAGCCGAAGCAGCUCCUGCUGCAGAAGCAGCUCCUGCUGCAGAAGCAGCUCCUGUCGAAGAAGCAGCCCCAGUAAUAGUCGCUCCUGCCGAAGAAGCAGCUCCAGUAGAAGCCGCUCCCGUCGAAGAAGCAGCCCCUGUAGAAGCUGCCCCUGCUGAAGCCGCUCCUGUCGAAGAAGCAGCCCCUGUAGAAGCCGCUCCUGUUGAAGAAGCAGCCCCUGUAGAAGCUGCCCCUGUUGAAGAAGCAGCCCCUAUUGAAGCCGCUCCUGUCGAAGAAGCAGCUCCAGUAGAAGCCGCUCCUGUCGAAGAAGCAGCUCCAGUAGAAGCCGCUCCUGUCGAAGAAGCAGCCCUUGUAGAAGCCGCCCCUGUUGAAGCCGCUCCUGUCGAAGAAGAAGCCCCAGUAGAAGCCGCUCCUGUCGAAGAAGCAGCACCUGUAGAAGCCGCCCCUGUUGAAGCCGCUCCUGUCGAAGAAGCAGUCCCAGUAGAAGCCGCUCCAGUAGAAGCCGUUCCUGUUGAAGAAGCAGCUCCAGUAGAAGCCGCUCCUGUUGAAGAAGCAGCUCCAGUAGAAGCUGCUCCUGUUGAAGAAGCAGCUCCAGUAGAAGCCGCCCCUGCCGAAGAAGCAGCUCCAGUAGAAGCUGCUCCUGUUGAAGAAGCCGCUCCAGUAGAAGCCGCUCCUGUUGAAGAAGCAGCUCCAGUAGAAGCCGCUCCUGUUGAAGAAGCAGCUCCAGUAGAAGCAGCCCCUGUAGAAGCUGCUCCUGUUGAAGAUGCCGCUCCGGUCGAAGAAGCAGCUCCAGUAGAAGCCGCCCCUGCCGAAGAAGCAGCCCCUGUAGAAGAAGCAGCUCCAGUAGAAGCCGCCCCUGCCGAAGAAGCAGUCCCUGUAGAAGCCGCUCCUGUUGAAGAAGCAGCUCCAGUAGAAGCAGCCCCUGUAGAAGCUGCUCCUGUCGAAGAAGCAGCUCCAGUAGAAGCUGCCCCUGUUGAAGCUGCUCCUGUUGAAGAAGCAGCUCCAGUAGAAGCUGCCCCUGCUGAAGCUGCUCCUGUUGAAGAAGCAGCUCCAGUAGAAGCAGCCCCUGUAGAAGUUGCUCCUGUCGAAGAAGCAGCUCCAGUAGAAGCCGCUCCUGUUGAAGAAGCAGCCCCCGUGGAGGACACGCCAGUUGCAGAGUCGGCUCCCGUUGAAGAAGCAGAGAGGAAUCUGCUCCAAUUGUGGCUGCGUCUGUUGCGCCAGUUGUCGAAUCCAGCUCUGAAGAAAUAAUGGUAGACGAAGUUGCUGCCCCUGACGCCGCACCGGCCGUAGAAGCUAAAAUUGAUGAUACUCCAGCCCCCGCCGCACCUGCCGAAGCAGCUCCUGUUGAAGCUGCUCCCGUUGAAGCUGCUCCAGUAGAAGAAGCUGCACCGGCAGAAGCCGCACCGGCAGAAGCUGCACCGGCAGAAGCUGCACCGGCAGAAGCUGCACCGGCAGAAGCCGCACCGGCAGAAGCCGCACCGGCAGAAGCCGCACCGGCAGAAGCCGCCCCAGCCGAAGCUGCGCCUGCUGAAGCCGCACCUGCAGAAGCUCCCGCCGAAGCAGCUCCGGUAGAAGAAGCACCCGCUGCAGUAGAAGAGGCCGCCCCAGUAGUAGAAGCAGCACCCGCAGAAGCCGCCCCGGAAGCAGCCGCCCCAGCAGAAGCCGCUCCUGCCGAGGAAGCAGCACCAGCUGAAGCUGCCCCUGCUGAAGCUGCUCCAGUUGAAGAAGCUGCCCCUGCUGAAGCUGCUCCAGUUGAAGAAGCUGCCCCUGCUGAAGCUGCUCCAGUUGAAGAAGCUGCCCCUGCUGAAGCUGCUCCAGUUGAAGAAGCUGCCCCUGCUGAAGCUGCUCCAGUUGAAGAAGCUGCCCCUGCUGAAGCUGCUCCAGUUGAAGAAGCUGCCCCUGCUGAAGCUGCUCCAGUUGAAGAAGCUGCUCCUGCUGAAGCAGCCCCAGCAGAAGCCGCUCCUGUCGAGGAAGCAGCACCAGCGGAAGAAGGUGCCCCUGCUGAAGCUGCUCCAGCCGAAGAAGCUGCUCCAGCCGAAGAAGCAGCACCUGCUGAAGCCGCUCCUGUAGAAGAAGCAGCACCAGCAGAAGCUGCUCCUGUUGAAGAGGCUACCGCCCCAGUCGAAGAAGCUGCCCCUAUAGAAGAAGCAGCACCUGUUGAAGCCGCUCCUGCCGAAGAAGCAGCACCAGCGGAAGCUGCUCCUGUUGAAGAGGCUGCUGCUCCUGUCGAAGAAGCUGCUCCUGUAGAAGAGGCAGCACCUGCUGAAGCCGCUCCUGCCGAAGAAGCAGCACCAGUGGAAGCUGCUCCUGUUGAAGAGGCUGCCGCCCCAGUCGAAGAAGCUGCCCCUGUAGAGGAAGCAGCACCUGCAGAAGCUGCCCCUGUCGAAGAGGCUGCCGCCCCAGUCGAAGAAGCCGCUCCUGCUGAAGCUGCUCCUGCCGAAGAAGCUGCUCCAGUAGAGGCCGCCCCAGUUGAAGCCGCUCCUGUCGAAGAAGCUGCUCCAGUUGAAGAAGCCGCUCCUGCAGAAGAAGCCGCCCCAGUAGAAGAAGCCGCCCCAGUAGAAGCCGCUCCUGUCGAAGAAGCUGCUCCAUUAGAAGCUGCUCCUGUCGAAGAAGCAGCCCCAGCAGAAGCUGCUCCCGCUGAAGAGGCCGCCCCAGUAGAAGCCGCUCCUGCUGAAGAAGCUGCCCCAGUAGAAGCCGCUCCUGCUGAAGAAGCUGCCCCAGUAGAAGCCGCUCCAGCAGAGGCCGCCCCUAAAGAGGCCGCUCCAGCAGAAGCUGCUCCCGCUGAAGAAGCUGCCCCAGCAGAAGCUGCACCCGCUGAAGAGGCCGCCCCAGUAGAAGCCGCUCCUGCCGAAGAAGCUGCCCCAGUAGAAGCUGCCCCAGCUGAAGCCGCCCCUGUCGAAGAAGCAGCUCCAGCAGAAGCUGCCCCAGUUGAAGAAGCAGCUCCAGCAGAAGCUGCCCCAGUUGAAGAAGCAGCUCCAGCAGAAGCUGCCCCAGUGGAAGCCGCUCCAGCAGAAGCUGCCCCAGUGGAAGCCGCUCCAGUCGAAGAGGCUGCCCCAGCAGAGGCUGCUCCUGCCGAAGAAGCAGCUCCAGCCGAAGAAGCUGCCCCAGCUGAACCCGCCCCUGCUGAAGCCGCUCCAGCCGAACCUGCACCAGCAGAAGUUGCACCUGCUGAAGAAGCUGCACCACCAGCUGAAGCUGGCCCAUCAGACGAAAAACCUAGUUCAGGGAAAAAGAAGAACAAAAAAGCAAAGUCGUGCACGAUACUAUAAAUUAGUUGAUUACUGUAGAUUAUUUAAACAGCCUGAACGCCCUUGGACCGACUCAGAGGGAUCUAACGUGUCUAAAGCAGAUCAGCAGAGCUUCUAUAGCAUUGUUUACACGAAUAUCCAGCCAGUUUAUUCUAUCUCUUACGGAAUGAAUCCCUCUUCACAUAGAUGCUGUUUCUUCAAAAGAUGUGCUGUUGAAACGACUGUUCAAUUUCGGCUUUGUUUGACGAUAUGGUUCAGAACUUUCCUCAAGUUUUAGGUGAUGACUAGGGUUUGAGUCUGUAUCAAAUGCCGCGAGCAUUGGAAAUGACAUAUAAAAUUAAUCGGUUAGAUAAUACAUGACGCAUGAAACUUUUGUGAUUGACAUUAUCAUAAUAUUAUGUUGAACUUCAAUGGAUAUUUCGUAUGAUCCUCUGGCUUGGCUCCUAAGAUCUUCGAACGGAGAUUCAAGAUGAGACAUGAGCUGUCAUAAAAGAAAUCCUGCCCUUUUGAAGCAGGUCUACAGCCGUCUUUUAAACGCCGCAAAACCAGAGUCCUUGGACGCUUGAUUAUUAAUAUUAUGUUUCAUUCAUUCAUUUGCUCCUAAAACAUAUUCUUCAUCAUUCACAGAGGUCAAAUAUAGAUUGAGUAACUGUGCAUGAGAUAAUGCUAAUAGCAAAUCAAAUAGAAUUAAAUAUUGAUUCAAUUUUUGUAAGCCGUAUAACUUUAAAUGAAGUUAUGAUUAAAUCUUUGAAAUACACCGUUCUUUCGAUCUUACCUAAGAAGCGGUACUGCAAAACAGCAUCAUUCGAUGAACUCCUAGUGCAUUCAGUGACAUCAUUGCAUUUGUUAAAGAUUUUUACCAGUUUUUAAUUGAAGACGGGACAAAAUAUAUUGGUAUACUUACAUCCUCCCGACCAGCGGUACAUAAUUUCCCUUUACUUUUACAUAUCAUUGACAUCUUUCUCAUUGUAACGUCAAUAAAAAUAUUGCCCCAAAAACGGUGUUUUUCUAAUGAAGAAAAGUGAUAGCCCUAUAACCUCAGCUGAAAAAGUUCUAGCUUUCUUUAUAAAUAUGAUAUAUUGUACCGGGAAAUAUUUUUCAUCAAUUGUGAAUUUAACUGUAGACAGUAUUCUUUAUAUUUUUACAUUGCGGUGUGGUUAUGUGUUUUGUAAAUUACUUUAAGUCGUUAAAUGUGAAAUACAAUUCGCAAUUAAAGAGUUUUAUGGAUGUUUCUUACUUUAUUAGUGCUAUAAUGGUUUAGGAUUCAGCUUUGAUAAAUGUACCAGUUCAUAUGGUAACAUUUUUCUAAUUCUAAAAUCUGCAUCUUUCUUUGGUUUAACUUCAAUGUAGUUUUUGGGAAUACGAUCAACAAUAUCUUGAAAUAACAACAGAUUUGAAAUUAAAAUUCCACA